AGGAGAAAAGAUACCGGUGGAAAAGCACCAAUCAAAAUUAAGCAACGACGUGUAAUUCUAUUGGUCAAAAUUAGUUCGGAGUCUUUAGUUUUUACUACAUCAAAUUUUUCUAAUCGGAAAAAAAAAAAAACGAAUGGACAUUUUUGAUUUCCCUGCAAACUGAAACAUUUCGAAAUAUACUUUUCAAAUUGUCCAAGUUUUAUCAUAUGUGUAUCCUAGAAUUUAUCAGUAUAUUCUAUGGCGACGGUCAAAGCAUAAAAUUAACCUAUCUAAUAAAUAAUACAUUUUCUCUUGGAAUCUUUUCAUAUUAUACUAAGAAUUUUCUUAGCUGAAAAAUCUUUUUUCAAAAUGAUUAAAGUAUUGUCUAGACUAAGUAAUGUAAAAACAGCUAGGACUAUAACAAAUUUGAGGAAAUACAGUGAUGAUCUUUAUGAACCUAGUUAUUUAAAGGAAUUGCUACCAAAAUUUCCCGUAUAUGAAACCCUUAAUAUUCAGCUGAGGGGUUAUGAUUAUCCAAUUCUAGAAAAUUAUCAAAAAUUUGUCCAUAAAAUAGCUGAUAAUAUGGAUAUAGAUGUGGACGAUGCUUGGGCUGUUCCUGGCCAAACACUUAACAUUUCUACCUAUAAACCCCAAAGUGAAGUAGUUAAAAGUCAAUAUAAAUUAAGUGUUUAUGAAAGAAUGAUUCAGAUAAGGCAAUGUUCAUCCCUCCAGCUUCCUAUAUUAAUAAGAGCUAUAGAAGCUUCUUUGCCAAUGGGAGUAACAGUUAAUAUUAUUCCUCAUGAGCAAUACCAUGAAGACAUAAGAUAUGUUCCAGAUACUGAACUAAAACAGCUUAAGCAAGAAUUGGAUGAUCUAGGUGGACCCGUCAAGAAGAAAUAGAGGAAAAUUAUUUUAUCUUAUUGUUUCCUUUGAAUAUGAUGAAAUGCAAGUUUAGUUUAUAUAUUUAUUAAAAAGUAUAAAAAAAUAUAGGUAAGAUAAA